UUUAUACUUUUGGAGUUGGAGGAGGACGACCACCACUCUCCUAAUUUUGUCAGCCCUCUCUCUCACUCUACAAAUAUUUAAAUAUAUAUAUUUUUAUACGCACGAAUACCAAUCCCGAGGAUUGGAUUGCUGCUGUAGCAAUCGAUCGACGCGGCGGUGGAAUCCAUCCAUCUUGGAGCAAGAGCAAUAGCAAAUGGAGAGGGAUAUUGACGAUCUGCCCAAGAAUCCAGCGAACUACGCGUCUUUGACUCCCCUCCGAUUCCUGCAGCGGGCGGCGCUCGUCCACCCGAACAGGAAAUCUCUUAUCCACGGUGGUGUCUCUUACACGUGGCACCAGACUUACCGUCGAUGUCGCCAGCUUGCCUCUGCGCUCACCAAGCGCGGCGUCGUCCAUGGCAGCACCGUUGCAGUGAUUGCACCAAACAUUCCAGCCAUGUACGAAGCUCAUUUCGGGGUUCCAAUGUCGGGUGCUGUAAUAAAUGCUGUCAAUGUCCGUCUAAAUGCACAGACUAUUGGUUUUCUUUUGGGACAUUCGCAAUCUGCUGUUAUCAUGGUGGACCAAGAGUUUUUCACAUUGGCAGAGGAAGCUCUGAAAAUCAUGGCUGAUAAUGAAAAAGGAAGUUUCCGGCGUCCUAUUCUGAUUGUCAUUGGCGAUGAAAACUGCGAUCCGAAAUCACUUCAGUAUGCACUGGAGCAAGGAGCAACUGAGUACGAGAAAUUCCUGGAAACUGGCGAUCCGGACUUUGCCUGGAAGCCUCCUCAGGAUGAGUGGCACAGCAUUGCUCUAGGCUAUACUUCCGGGACAACGGCUAGCCCGAAGGGAGUUGUGCUGCACCACCGGGGAGCGUAUCUCAUGGCUGUUAGCAACCCCGUAAUCUGGAAUAUGAGUGAAGGAAGUGUUUACUUGUGGACUUUACCGAUGUUCCACUGCAACGGUUGGUGCUUCACCUGGACUCUCGCGGCAAUAUGCGGCACAAACAUAUGUCUUCGACAGGUCACUGCUAAAGGUGUCUACUCAGCCAUUGCGAACCUCGGCGUGACCCAUUUCUGUGCUGCACCGGUUGUCCUCAACACGUUAGUAAAUGCCCCUAAAGGAGACACCAUCUUGCCCCUCCCACGCAUUGUUCAUGUGAUGACAGCCGGCGCUGCCCCGCCCCCUUCAGUUCUUUUAGCAAUGUCGCGGCGCGGCUUCAAAGUAGCGCACACCUACGGUCUGUCUGAAACUUACGGUCCCUCGACUAUAUGCGCAUGGAAGCCCGAGUGGGAUUCACUGCCCCCGGAAGAACAGGCGCGCCUGAAUGCAAGACAAGGAGUGCCGUACACUGCCAUGGAGGUUGUGGAAGUGGUCGACACCCAAAACAUGAUGCCAGUGCCUGCGGAUGGAAAGACUGUCGGAGAAAUCGUAUUCCGGGGCAAUGCUGUAAUGAAAGGGUAUCUGAAGAACCCGAAAGCGAACAAGGAAGCUUUUGCGAACGGAUGGUACCACUCGGGCGACCUGGCUGUAAAGCAUCCAGAUGGGUACAUCGAGAUCAAGGACAGAUCGAAGGAUAUCAUCAUAUCGGGGGGCGAGAACAUCAGCAGUGUGGAGGUGGAGAACAUUCUGUACCAGCAUCCGGCGAUAUACGAAGUGUCGGUGGUGGCGAGGCCGGACGAGCAAUGGGGGGAAUCGCCGUGCGCGUUUGUGACGCUGAAGCCAAAUGUCGAUGCGUCUGAUCAGCAACGGCUGGCUGAAGAGAUAAUGAAGUUCAGCCGGUCGAAGAUGCCGGCGUACUGGGUGCCCAAGUCCGUGGUGUUCGGGGAGCUGCCGAAAACUGCGACAGGGAAGAUACAGAAGCAUCUGCUGAGAGCCAAAGCGAAGGAGAUGGGACCAGUGAAGAGGAGUCGGAUGUGAUGAUAAUGAUAAGUUAGUAUAAAUCUUAUUUGGAUCACAGACAAUAUAGUUAUUGUUAUUAAUUCUGUUGUGUAGAGAUAACGAGGAAGAUGUACGCACUAAUAAAUUUCUUCGAUCUAAGAAGUGAAUGUCAGUCAAUCUGGUUGCCUUGCCUGUA